CUGUACCUGAAUGUGAUGCUGGAGAACUUUGAACUUAUAUCCUCGCUGGGUUGCUGCUGUGGAGCAGAGAAUGUGGAGGCAGCGACUGAACAGAAGAUUUCUGUAAAAUUGUCACAGGAAAGGCUUCCCAAGUUAGCCUUGUCUUCCCAGAAGAGCCACCCCUGUGAGAGUUGUGGGGUAGUCUUGGGAAAUAUUUUCCAAGUGAUGGAGCUGCAGGGAACACAAUACAGACAGAUACUGUUGAGGUGUGGGGCAUGUGCAAAACAAUUUUAUUUCAGUGCAAAAUGUCACCAGCAGCAUGUGAGAGAGAAGACUUCCAUUAGAGGCCUGGAAAGGAUCUCACUUGCAAAUAGCUGCAAUUUCAAGGUGUCUCAGAAUCAUUUCACCUGUGGGGAGGUUGGUCAGGGUAUACAUUCCUGGUCAGGACAUCUCCACCUAAUGGCUACUCAGACCAGAGACAGGCCAAAAGAGAUUUCGAAGUGUGGGGUGAAGUUUCAAAGGAGAAAAAAAAACUACGCAAGAAAAGAAUAUAACAAAGUCGUUGGCUGCAAUCACACGUUUAUACAGGAUAAAUGUUUCCAUGCUGGAAGUCAGUGUUUUCUGUGCUGUGAAUGUGGAAAUUAUUUUACCAAGUUUUCUAGCUUUCAUUAUCAACAGAGAGUUCACACUGGAGAAAACCCUUAUGAGUGCAGUGAAUAUGGGAAUACUGUUACCAAUAGCAGUGGCCUUCGUUGUCAUCAGAGAGUUGACACUGGAGAAAGGCCUUAUCAGUGCAGUGAAUGUGGGAAUUCUUUUACCAGUAACACUACCCUUCAUCGUCAUCAGAGAGUUCACACUGGAGAAAAGCCUUUCCAAUGUAGUGAAUGUGGAAAAUCUUUUACGACAAUGCAUAGCCUUCAUUGUCAUCAGAGACUUCACACUGGAGAAAGUCCUUAUGAGUGCAGUGAAUGUGGGAAAUCUUUUACCCGGAGCAGUAGUCUCUGUAAUCAUCAAAGUUUACACACUGGCGAAAGGCGUUACGCAUGCAGUGAAUGUCCAAAAUCUUUUACCACUAGCACUGAUCUUGGUCGUCAUCAGAGAGUUCACACUGGAGAAAAGCCUUAUAAAUGCCGUGAAUGCGGGAAAUCUUUUGCCAGUAGUAGUUGCCUUCGGUGUCAUCAGAGAGUUCACACUGGAGAAAAGCCUUCUAAAUGCAGUGAAUGUGGGAAAUCUUUUACCACUAGCAGUGAUCUUCGCCGUCAUCAGAGAGUUCAUACUGGAGAAAAGCCUUAUAAAUGCAGUCAGUGCGGGAAAUCCUUUACCACUAGCAGUUAUCUUCGUUGUCAUCAGAGAGUUCACACAGGAGAAAAGCCUUAUAAAUGCAGUGAAUGUGCAAAAUCUUUUAUGACUAGCAGUGAGGUUCGGCGUCAUGAGAGAGUUCACACUGGAGAAAAGCCUUAUAAAUGCAGUGAAUGUGAGAAAUCUUUUACCACUUGGAAUGGCCUCCAUUAUCAUCACCAAUUUCACACUGCAGAAAGGCCUUCCUAAUGCAAUGAAUGUGGGAAAUCUUUUACCACUAAGACUUACCUUCAUAGUCAUCAGAGAGUUGAUACAGGAGAAAAGGCUUAUAAAAGCAGUGAAUAUGGGAAGUCUUUUACAAGUAUCAAUGAUCUCCCAAUAUCAUCAGAGAGUUCAUACUGGAGAAACCCCUUAUGAGUGCAAUUAACAUAAGAUAUCUCUCAUCCAAAUUCUUAAUUUGUGAGACGUUUCUUAGUUUUGUAGGAUAUGUUCCUCAGGUCUUAACAAUAGCAUAAAAAAAUUGCAAAAUCUAAUUUGUCUGCAUUAUAUCUCAUAUUUAAACACUUACAUUAUGUAAAGUCCCCACAAGUGUUUCUGCUGUUGUUUUUUAUACUUGAACCAUAUGUGUAUGUUGCACUUUCUAACAUACAAAUGUCUUGCCAUAUCGUCACUGCGUAUUUCUGUUGCUGAAGGUAUUUCAUCUGCACCCCGUGUAAGGUCCCUACAGAUGGUAUUGGUCACCAUCCUCAUGUGCUCGGGGAAGCUAACUCUGUUGUCUGGUUUGUUGACGAAAAUUAGGAAUACCUGAUCCCUAGGAACUGUGAAUUCUUUUCACUCAGGAGUUGCCACGUAGAACACGUUAGUGUUGGUGAACUGCCAGUCUCAUGUGUCUUUUGGUUUGUAAAAUAAUGAAGGCUUUUUACUAAGACGUCUUUAAUCUUGGAUGUUCUAUUUACUAUGUGGGUUAGUUUAUAAGGAGAUCUGGGCUCUCCAAGCAUGAUGAGGUGAGAAGCAUUUUUGAGAUCUCAAACAUUCUUUGCCCUGGAGGGAACGGUAUGGUGCAGAAAUUAGCUCAGCAGUUUUUGCCUAAUUUACACUGCUGCCCAUAUUUUCCCAGGAAACACUGUGGACUCUCUGGUCCUCAUGUGAAGAUGGAUGUUUUGAGACACAGAGAUCACUCCAAAGAGGGGGUAGCUGUGACAACCUCAAGUAUGUCUGGGAGCACUGAAUUUUUUUUCCUGUUUUCAAGGAAGAGAUGCUAAGACAUUUGAAGGGAACCUCCUCCCCAUGUCUUACAGAGGGCCAUGUGCCCUAAUGCCUACAUUUCCAUGGGUGAUGGUAACUGGUUGGAGGACCAUAGCAGUUAGCGGAAACCAUUUUCAUGCAGAACCACUGGCAUAAUUGGUGUUGGAGGUGAAUACAGCUCACUAGAUGGAAUGUUCCUCAUAGAAACGUGCAUCCAGGAAUGUUCUGAGGAAACGUGUAUAGGAGCAUCUAGGGUCUCCAGGCAUGUUUAUCUUCUGUGGAUGCAUUGUCAUUGGUUAUCAUCAAGAGGUUUUGUGAAUUCCUGUAGCCUCUCAGAUGUUCCCCUCAGAGCCAUUGGUGAGCUGGCAGAAAAGCAAAGAUGAAGGUAAAGGGUGUCUUUAGUCCAGGGACGUGGCUUUUGUGACCCAGCCAGCAUUCUUGUUGGUUUGGUUGAAUGUGCUCCAUUGUUUGUUAAAUUUUCUGUCACUAGGCAAGACAGUUGCCCAGAGGGUAUAAGAAGGUGGAUUGAAUAUAGAUUUGCCAAGCCUAUUUUUCCAAUACAGUGGAACAAACACACUUCUUAAUCUGGAACCAUUUUUAAAAGCUAUAAUGAGUAAUAUACAUGUGUUUAGUAUAGCGUUUCAUAAAUCUUGAUGUGUGCGUGAAAGUGAAAUCAUUAUUAUACUCGUAACACUGACCAUAUCUGUCACUGUGCACUUGCUUCAUGACC